CUGGACACGGCAGCAGCAGCUCAUCUAUAUGAAGAGAGCAAGAUACUGUAGAGGACAUUCUGUCAUUCUAGACAUUGACAUACAGUGCAAUAAAUUCAGAAUUAUUUAUCAUGUUUUAUCCGGAAUCACGCUAUAAAACUGAAAAAUGGACAAUGUUCUGACAGGAACUUUGUAGGCGAGACGAUGAAGGCUCUUUGGGCAUUCAGGAGUACGUGAACUACGAGAUCAGCUUAGGGGCUUGUGUCUACCGUGAGCAGUUCGAUUUCAACGCGGAGCCCCCUUGGGAUCCUAGCUGAUAGCUGGAGAGGUCGACCUCUGACCUGUCCCUUGGAUAUCGCUAGGACCCAAGAGCUCUGAGGGUUCUCAUAAAUAGGUGACCUGCUUUAUGCCAGUCAGAACAUCACAGAUUACGGAUGAGUAUGAAGGGAACUCUGGAUGAACUGCACUUUUCUGUUGAGCUUCUGGAAGGAAGCGCAGCUCUCCGAGAUGUCAUCGAUAAACACAUCCAUGAUCAAACUCUUGCACUGAAGAGUGCAUUUUUCGUUGCUGACCUGGGGGUGAUUGUUCGGCAGCAAGUUCGCUGGAGAACUAAAAUGGACCAGAUUCGGCCUUUCUACACGGUCAAGAGCAACAGCAGCCCUAUGGUCGUUGAAAUCCUGGCUGCUCUCGGAACUGGCUUUGUUUGUUCAAACAAACAUGAGCUGGACUUAGUGAAGGGCUUUGGCGUCCCGUCUCAAGACAUUAUUCUUGGCGGCACGUGUAAACAGCUCUCCCAUAUCAAAUACGCAGCCAAACACAACAUCCCCCUCCUGGUUUGUGAUAAUGAGGCGGAGCUGAGGAAGAUUGCGCGAUGCCAUCCCAAAGCAAAGGUGUUGCUGCUGUUGACAUCGGAGAGCUGCUGCGACCGAGAGGAGACGGCCAUACCGUUCGGCUCCACACUGAAGGACUGCAGACAUCUGCUGGAGUGCGCCAGAGAGCUCAGCCUGCAUGUUACAGGAGUCAAAUUUAACAUUCCCAGCUGUUGUCAGGAUGCACAAGCGUUCUCUCGUGCUGUUUCUGAUGCCCGCUGUGUCUUUGAUAUGGGGGAGGAGCUCGGCUUUGACAUGAGUAUUUUGGAUGUCGGAGGUGGCUUUGAUGGAAGUGAGGCGCAGUUAGACAAGGUCAACCAGACGCUGAAACCCAUGCUGGACAUGUAUUUUCCUCUCUCGACCGGCUUGACGAUCAUCGCUGAACCCGGAGCUUAUUAUGUGUCAUCUGCCUUCACGCUGGCCGUGAAUAUAAUCGGCAAGAAAACAGUGGCUCGUGAUUUCAGUGGUCAACCACACAAUGCACUGUCUGCAAACGAUGAGCCUGAGUUUCUCUACUACAUGAACGAUGGGGUUUAUGGGUCUUUUGCCAAUAAGCUGCUGUGUGAAGAUUCAAUAUCGAUGCCUUUGGCGCACAAGGAGGUGAGCGCAGAAGAGCCGCUGUUCUCCAGCAGUCUGUGGGGUCCGUCUGCUGAUGAUCUGGACCAGGUGAUGGAGCGAUGUCUGCUGCCGGAGCUCAGUGUCGGAGACUGGCUGCUUUUCAGCAACGCAGGGGCCAAUGGUCUGGGGGCCUCAUUCACUGACGGAGAGGAACACAAACCGCCCGUCUUCUACUGCAUCACUGAACACGACUGGCAAGAGCUUCAUAAUUGUGGCAUCACUUUGGACGUGAGGAUGACGAAUUUCUCUCUGGUACCAUGCUGCCUGCAACCAAACAUAUCCAAGGCAUCCGUUUCCACCCCAGCGUAACAUAAAGCCACUUAUUAAUGUCAUUAUUUCGACUGACUUUAAGCACUUAAGAACCUGGAAUCUUCUAAGAAGCUUCAGUUGCUUUGAAGACGUUUGGUUGGGACCAGAGCUGAAGAAGUGCUAUUGACCAGAGCAACUUCAUAGCCAUCGCAACUGAUGGAUAUACAGCAAAUAGGUGCGAUUAGCUUUAACAAAUGGGCCUGUUGGCAUUUACAGAUACACUUAAUUAUAUUUAAGUCCGUUUUAUAAAUAUAUAUAUAUACACACAUACUAUUUCCACUUACUAAUGGAAUCAGUCAUGUACCCAACAGGGGAAGUUAUUAUUUAUUAAAGCUCGAGUCUAGUUUCAUGACAUCAUCAGAUGCUUUUAAAGAAACAUGCACUUGUUUUUUGUUGUUUGUAUUAAGAAUAUGAUUUUUAAACUGGAAAAUUGUGAACAGUAUUUGAACUGUUGCAGGAAAAGUUCAGCACUGUGGUAAGUUUUUGUGGACAAAAUACAAUGGAAAUGUUGUAAACUGUUGAAAUCUUAGGCCUAAAAUGCACUUUAAAGGAAUAGUUCACCCAAAAAUGAAAAUUUGCUGCAAAUGACCUCAACUGAGAUAUAAAUUAGUUUGUUUCUUCAUCAGAUUUGGAGAAAUGUAGCAUCGCAUCACUUGCUCAUCAAUGGAUGCUCUGCAGUGAAUGGGUGCCGUCAGAAUGAGAGUCAGCUGAUAAAAACAUCACAAUAAUCCACACCACUCCAGUCCAUCAGUUAACAUCUGGAGAAGACAAAAGCUGAAACAAAUACGUUUUGAUUUCUCUCUUGAUUCAGACAAAACAACCUUUUCAAUGGAGGAAGCGUUAUUAUGUAUAGAGGACUCAUAUUUUAGCCAGAAGAAACGGUUAAAAACAUCUUAAUGUUGAGCUGGAGACGUGUGGAUUACUGUGGUGUUUUUAUCAGCUGUUUGGAUUCUGACGGCACCCAUUCACUGCAGAGCAUCCAUUGCUGAGACACUGAUGCAAUGCUUUUGAACUAUUCCUUUGACGUAAGUAUGCAAAUGCUGACACAAAGUGCAAGCGUCUGGUCUAGUUGUACAUAUUUGUACAUGCUUGCAUUGCCAUUAAAAGAAAAUGCUUGCAUUUAAAUGAAAAGA